AGGGCUUCUCCCUCGAUUUCUCUUUUCGUUUCUUCCCAUGGCUCAUCCACUUAUGUUGGCUUGGACUUAUUGCAAUCUCGGAGAGGUUUAUUUGUUUUAUGAGUCAACUCAAUCGUGCCUCCAACAAAUGCCGAACCCUGUUUUGCUCCCUGCAUCACAGCAAUCGAGGAUGGAGAUGAUUUUGUUCCAAAUAGAUCUAGGGUUGGCUCACUAUUUCGCGUGCAAUUGUGCUGAGAGAAGGGGUGGCUUGAAUCUGUUCUGGCAGGAUGAGUUUGCCUUUCAAAUUUCCUCUUUCUCGCCAUUAUUAGAUCUAGGGUGGGCUUUGAUGUUCUGUGAGCAAUUGUGCCGAGAGAAGCCAUCUCACAUUGAGGUUGUAAUAGUAGAUCCGAGUGGAUGUCAAUGGCCAUUAAUAGGGUUUUUCGGCCAACCAGAGACGGAUUCCCUUCUGCUUUGGCUGCGUUUAGGCGCCAUCAAUGCUACCUUGAGCAAAUCAAAAAAGGAGAGGGGCAUUCUCUUCUUCCGAUUGGGUUCUGCGUGGGGGGAUAUAAGCGGGUUUUGGUGUGGAAGGUCAAAUUUCAGCAUGAAGGAAGCUGAUGGUGUUCUGUAAGGGCAACAUGGCCUUCAAGCUGGUAAAGGGGCUCUAGAUCCCUUAUUAACCUAUGGUAGCCAGGGAUUGUUGAGGAUUGGAACAGAUGGACAUAUGUUUGGGUGCACUUGUAGACAAAUAGGGUACCUGGCAACUGCACAGAGGAGGACCAUACCCCUCCUCUUGCUUAUUAUUUUUUAAGAAAUAGCUUGGAUGGCA